CGCAAGAGAUACUUUGUUACAACAUCCGCUCUUCCGCUGCUUCCUCACUACAGCUAGUACAAUUAAACAGCGUUUUAUUAUGAAGUUAAUAAUACCUUCUUACAAAUCCGCUAAAUUAUGAACAUUUGGCCUUUAACGUGAAGAUCAUGGCGAGGAUCGGUGACAUCAUUCAUCUUAACGUCGGGGGCAAAAGGUUCAGUACCUCCAGACAGACUCUGACAUGGGUUCCUGACUCGUUUUUCUCCAGUUUAUUAAGUGGACGGAUAUCAACUCUUAAAGAUGAGACUGGAGCGAUCUUCAUUGACAGAGAUCCGACUCUGUUUGCUCCUAUUCUCAACUUUCUGCGCACUAAAGAGCUUCACCCCAGGUCAAUAGAAGUGCAUUUAUUAAUGCACGAGGCCGAGUUCUACGGGAUCACGCCGCUGGUGAGAAAGCUGCAGCUGUGUGAUGAGUUGGAUCGCUCCUCCUGCGGGAACGUGUUGUUCAACGGCUAUCUGCCUCCAGCAGUGUAUCCGGUGAAGCGCAGGAACAGACACAGUGUGGCAGGACCCCAGUUCAUGGGGGGCCGUGCGGGGCCCGUGGAAAGGGCCCCUGUGAGGAGGAGUAACACAAUGCCUCCGAACCUGGGCAACGCCGGCAUACUGAGCAAAGCUGCUCUGGAGGAGAAAGUGACGGGGCCGGUCUCUGACCCAGGUAUGGUCAGAAUCGUGUGUGGUCAUCAUAACUGGAUUGCUGUGGCAUAUGCUCAGUUUGUGGUGUGUUACAGGGUUAAAGAGUCGACUGGGUGGCAGCAGGUGUUCACCAGUCCUCGGCUGGACUGGGUGAUUGACCGAGUGGCUCUUAAUGCCAAAGUCAUGGGGGGAUCCCUGGGGGACAAUGAUAAGAUGGUUGCUGUUGCAUCAGGAACAGAAAUCAUUCUGUGGGCGAUCUGUCCUGAUGGAAACGGCAGUGAAAUUGGUGUGUUCAGUCUGAAUGUGCCGGUGGAGGCUCUGUUCUUCGUGGGAAAUCAGCUCAUCGCCACCAGCCACACGGGGAAAGUGGGAGUGUGGAACGCCGUCACCAAACACUGGCAGAACCAGGAUGUGGUUCCCAUCAACAGCUAUGACACAGCCGGAUCCUUCCUUAUUUUGGGAUGUAAUAAUGGAUCUAUUUACUACAUAGACGUCCAGAAGUUUCCUCUGAGGAUGAAGGAUAACGAUCUGCUGGUGACCGAGCUGUAUCGAGAUCCCACCGAAGACGCCAUUACUGCUCUGAGUGUCUACCUGACGCCCAAAACAAGUGACAGUGGGAACUGGAUCGAGAUCGCGUAUGGCACUAGUUCAGGCACGGUGCGUGUGAUCGUGCAGCAUCCGGAGACGGUGGGAUCCGGUCCACAGCUCUUCCAGACCUUCUCCGUCCACCGCAGCCCUGUCACCAAGAUCAUGCUGUCUGAGAAACACCUCAUCUCUGUGUGUGCAGACAACAAUCACGUGCGCACGUGGACGGUGACACGCUUCCGAGGCAUGAUCUCCACUCAGCCUGGCUCCACCCCCCUCACGUCCUUCAAGAUCCUCUCACUGGACGAUAUCGACGGCCACGGAGGCUGCUCUGCUGGCACUGAGAUCGGUCCGUAUGGAGAGCGUGACGAGCAGCAGGUGUUCAUCCAGAGAGUGGUCCCCGACACGGAUAAACUCUACGUGAGGCUCUCCUCCAACGGGAAGAGGGUGUGUGAGGUGCGUUCGGUCGAUGGGACGUCCAUCACAGCGUUCGUGGUGCACGAGUGUGAGGGAUCCAGCCGCAUCGGCUCCAGGCCGCGCCGGUACCUCUUCAGUGGACACAGUAACGGCAGCAUCCAGACCUGGGACCUCACCACAGCCAUGGAGAUCGCAGGGAAGGUGGACAUCAAAGCUCUCGGUGGUCCCACUGAAGAAGAGCUGCUGGAGCUUCUGGACCAGUGUGAUCUGGCUCUGACCCGAACACCAGACAUGAGUCCCGCCGCGUCUCUCACACACUCCUCACGCAACUCCAUGUGCAGUCUUCAGUCUCAGUUCAGUGAAAGCGCUCGAGCUGCCGGGGGUUUUCGGGGUCCGGUGUCUCUGACCGGUAGCUUGCCCCGUCAGGCCCCGCUGGUCCCCCUCAGUAAACCCCAGCUGGGCCUCAGCCAGGCGUCUCUGGUCAGCGGCAGCAGCCGAGAGAAGGACCUGGCAUCCAUCCGCAGAGGCAGCUUCGUGGAGCGCUGUCAGGAGAGAGCCAAGAGCUCGGACACGGCCGGCCUGGACGCGGGGAGGCGGAGUCUAGCGGUGUGCAGUGAGCUCGAAGCGAGGCUCGGUCUCAGAAUGCAACCGGCCUUCUCUGCCCUGACACCUUCAUCAUCACCUUCAUCAUCAUCCAUGAGAAGACCAGCACUGAGUCCUGCUCCUUCACCGCUCAGUCCAGCCAGAUCACAAACACCCGUGUCUCCAAGACGACCUCUGACCUCUCCGACCAGUGAGAGCCCGUCCAAUCAGAAUGUUCCUGAGCAAGAAAGCCCCGCCUCUUCCUCAUCGACCAGCCCCAAACCUCACAUGAAUGAAACCAGCUUCUGAGAGGACAUUUUUCAGAUUGUAUUUAUUGAAUUUGAUUUAUAUAUAAUAUUAAUCACCAAAACCGAACAAUUCAAAAUCCUGGAUCAGGAUCAAAUAUUAUAACAUUUAACAAGUAUAUUACUUUUAGAGCAGUAUUCUCAAUAUCACAGGGUGCCUUAUGAUAUAGAUUGUAGAGUUAUGAUGAGAAUAUGGUAUUUUGCAUGUGAAUGAGGAAAAAAAAGUCACAUUCCAUGGAGAAAAAAAAACAAAAAAACAUGGGUGACAUUUCCAUUCUGCAUUAGUUUUUUCUGCUGACACUUUUUAGUCGUUAAAGUGAAGGCAGAUUUCUUUAGUCGUAAUAUAGCAAAAGUGGAAUUUAAAGUUUUUAUUUAAAUGUUAACAUCCUUACCAAACUUAAUAUGCAAAGACUAAAAGUCACUGGAAAGUCAAAAACUGUCUUCAUUUCUUUGACUCCACCAGUUGAGUGAGAUUGGUGGGCGGGGCUUUGUGUAUAUCCGGCCAAUGGCAGAUUAGGGGCGUGUCUAAGCAGCAUGUAUGAAAACAGUCAUUAUUUGAUCAGUUGUGUUUCGUGAUGAUGGUGAUGUUGCUGAAGUUACACGACGUCAUCAUCUUCAGGAUUUGUUGCUGUUUAGUGUGGCAGACGACCUAAUAUUCCUGCAGGAACACAAAGAGUGUGUGAAAGUUGUUCAGACACAGGAUUAUGUCAUUUCUGCUCACUGACCAUGAGCAGGAAGGGCUCAUGUGUAUAUUACAGUAUAAUAGUAGCAAAUGUGCACAACAAUUGAAUUUAAAUCUAUGGUUAUGUUACAUUACACUUAAAAUUAAUUUAAUAUUAAAUAUUUAGAAACAGAAAAUGUGCAUUAUAAAUUGACAAGACCAUUAGUUACUGUAUUGCCUGAUGACAGUAGUAAAUUAUUAGCCUGUCUGAUAUCGCUGAUAGUUUAUGUCUAUGAUAAGCAGUUUACAGACAGUUCUUCUAAGAAAAGAAAAUAACAUUGUAUAUGUUAAUAACUAACAAAAACAUGUGUAAUGCAGAGUAAAGCAGCCCGAGAGAUGAAAAUGAUAUUAAUAGUGUAUUACAGUCAACACACUGUAUAUAUAAUGAGCAAACAUUCAACACCGUUUCCCCAAACACACACACACACACACACACACACACACACACACACACACACACACACACGUUACAAUCUGAAGUCUGAAGUGUUCACUGUAUUCACAUCAUCUCCUUUUUUUGUUAAAAUAUAACCUAGUGUUUUACACCGUUUAUGACGAAGCUUGACGAUUGUGUAUCUCUGCCAGAUAUUGUUAUGGUGUAUUGUAUGUUACAUUAACAAUAUCAUCCCUGGAUGAAUCUGAAACCGUUUUGCUGAUGAUUAUAAAGAGGUUGUGAUCGCAAAGAAAUGUUUUGUUUAACUUGGACCUUUUGAUAAGUUAUAAUUACUUAUUAUUAUUAUUAUUAUUAUUAUUAUUAUUAUUAUUUUACUGUAUUCCUCAUGUACACUGAAUAAAACUUUAUGAAGUUA